AUGGGGAAGCUGUUUCUUUGGGUUGGUGAGUGUGGCAGUUCCAGUAAUGUUAGUCCAGGCGAUACCAGGCUUCGACUGGUUCUUCUGCUGAAACACCACAAUGGUGCUGCCUACAAACUGGUUUGUUAUUUCACCAACUGGGCACACAGUCGACCAGGUCCUGCCUCCAUUUGGCCCCAUGACCUAGAUCCCUUUCUCUGCACCCAUCUGAUUUUUGCCUUUGCAUCAAUGGAUGACAACUGUAUUGUUGCCAGUAAUCUCCAGGAUGAGAAGAUUCUCUACCCAGAGUUCAACCAACUCAAAGCAAAGAACAGGGAGCUGAAAACACUGCUGUCUGUCGGAGGGUGGAACUUCGGCACAUCAAGGUUCACUGUGAUGUUAUCUACAUCAGCCAACCGUAGCAAGUUUAUUGCGUCAGUUAUAUCCCUCCUGAGGACACACGGCUUUGAUGGUCUUGACCUUUUCUUCUUGUACCCGGGACUACGAGGCAGCCCCAUCAGUGACCGGUGGACUUUUCUCUUCUUAAUAGAGGAGCUGCUGUUUGCCUUCAAGAAGGAGGCGCUGCUCACCAACCGCCCAAGACUGCUGCUCUCUGCUGCUGUCUCUGGUGUCCCACAUAUUGUCCAAACGUCCUAUGAUGUGUAUCGUAUGGGACAACUCCUGGAUUUCAUCAGUGUCUUGUCUUAUGACUUACAUGGAAGCUGGGAAAAGUUCACAGGACAUAAUAGCCCCCUCUUCUCUUUUCCUGAGGAUCCCAAGUCUUCGGCGUAUGCCAUGAAUUACUGGCGAAAGCUUAGCGCACCCCCAGAGAAGCUCAUCAUGGGGUUCCCCACCUAUGGACGUACCUUUCGCCUCCUCAAAGCUUCUGAGAAUGGGUUGCAUGCUGCAGCCAUGGGACCAGGGACUUCAGGGCAGUACACCAAGCAAGCUGGAUUCCUGGCUUAUUAUGAGGUUUGCUACUUUAUUCAGAAAGCAAAAAAGUACUGGAUUGACUACCAAUAUGUUCCAUAUGCCUGCAAAGGGAAGGAAUGGGUUGGCUAUGAUGAUGCCACCAGCUUCAGUUACAAGGCAAAAUUCAUAAAGAGAGAGCAUUUUGGGGGGGCCAUGGUGUGGACAUUGGACAUGGAUGAUGUCAGGGGCACUUUCUGUGGCACUGGCCCUUUCCCUCUGGUUCAUGUAUUGAAGGACCUUCUGGUGAAGGCUGACUUGAGCACAACUUCUCUACCACAAUUUCAGUACUCAUCUGCUAUGAAAGUGUCACGUUCUGGCUCUGAAAGGUUGGCUGUGACAAAGGCACUGACCACUGAUACGAAUAUUUUGCCUCCAGGAGGAGAGGCUGUGGCUAUGGCGGGCAAUGGGAAGAAUGAAAAUACAACUCCAGUCCCUGGAGAUAGAAGUGUGACCCCUGGAAGGGACACAACACUCUUUGGAAAGCACACUGUAGCAUUCAGAGGGAAGACAGAGGCUUCUAGGGCAAAGACUGUGACCCCAGUGACCCAUGCAACUGAGACCAGUGCAGGCACCAUGGGGGCCCUUGUGCCUCCUCAGACAGUGACCCUUGCUGAGAAGAGUCAUCUGUCUGCGAGCUCUGGAGGGAUGAACGGAGUCCCUAUGACUCUUCAGGUGAAAACCCUUAGCGGGAAGACAAUGGCUCCUAAAAUGUCCUUGUCUCUUCUGAGCGAGAUGUCAGUAACCCCUGAUGAGCAGAAUUCCCUCCAAAGUGAACAGUUUGGCUUUAAAGAUUCAAACUAAUGCCAAGGUUGGAUGAAAUUGGUGUUCAGAUGGAAGCUGAGACAGGAAACUGUCAAGGCUUAUUAUCCUGCUACCAGAAUGUAGUUCUCUUGCUUCUGAAAAUCACUUUCUCCCCAUAGACAACUGUUUUUCCAUCAAUACAAUGACUCUUCUACAAGUCCUCUCUCUCAAACUAGAAAACCUAGAAGGCU